AUGAAUAUUGCUGAAUUUGACAGUAGACAAAAGUGGCCAAAUUGCGUUCAUCCAAUCAGAGACCAGGGCAAUUGUGGUAGUUGCUAUAGCUUUGCAAGUUCAGAAGUAAUGAGUGAUAGAUUUUGUAUAUUUUCAAAUGGUUCUGUCAAUGUCGUCUUGUCACCUCAAGAUUUAGUGACCUGUUCUUGGUAUUCAUUUGGAUGUAAUGGAGGUAUUCCAGGUUUAGUUUUUGAUUAUAUUCACAAGGAUGGUUUAGUGUCUGAUGCUUGUUUCCCAUACUUGUCCUAUGAUGGUAAUACCCAUGUUAAGUGUCCUGAUUUCUGCUAUAACAACAAAACCAAGUCAUUCAAGAGUGAUAAGCAUUUUGCUGAUAAGGUUUAUCAUGUUGGUGAAUUUUUGGAAGAUAAAGCAAAACGUGUUUUGGAAAUUCAAAAAGAAAUCUUGACCCAUGGACCAGUGAAUGCUGAUUUUAUGGUCUAUUCUGAUUUUACAGUGUACAAGAGUGGAGUUUACAGACAUCAAACUGGAUCUUUUGAAGGAAUUCAUGCUGUUAAAAUUAUUGGAUGGGGAACUGAGAAUGGAGUUGAUUAUUGGUUGAUUGCCAAUUCGUGGGGAACAACAUUUGGUUUGCAAGGAUUUUUCAAAAUUGUUAGAGGAGGUAAGUUUAUACAUCUUGAAGAGAAAAGUAGUAAUUAA